CCUUCCCCGUCCCGGCAGCCCCCGCUUCUCUCCCGGCGUCCCGCGCUCCCGCCGCGGCGGCCGUGCUGCCUACCGAUUCUCUCCUGGUUCCCUCCCGGCGGUCCCCGCGCCGCCCAGUGCGGCGAUGGCGGCGGCGGGCGCGGAGCAGCGUUGGGGCACGGCGGGCGCGGGGCCGGUGCCGCUGUCGCCGCUGCUGUCCCGGCUGCCGCUCGCCCCGUCCCCGCGGCGCCGCACCGGCAGCCAGUGCAAGCCCGAGCCGCCGCUGCUGCGCACCAGCACCCGCACCAUCUACACCGCCGGGCGCCCGCCGUGGUACAGCGAGACCGGAGCGCCCGUGGACGAGGCCUUCGUUAUCGGCCUGUGCGGUGGCAGCGCCUCAGGGAAGACAACAGUGGCGAGGCGGAUCAUCGAAGCACUGGACGUGCCCUGGGUCGUGCUGCUCUCCAUGGAUUCCUUUUACAAGGUGCUGGAUGAGGGGCAGCAGGCGCUGGCAGCCCGCAGCGACUACAACUUCGACCACCCUGAUGCCUUCGACUUUGAGCUGCUGGUGAGCGUGCUGCGCAAGCUGAAGAAGGGCAAGAGCGUGAAGGUGCCCGUGUACGACUUCACUACGCACAGCCGGCGCCGAGAGUGGAAAACGGUGUACGGUGCCAAUGUCAUUGUGUUCGAGGGCAUCCUGGCAUUCGCCAACAAGGAGCUGCUGAAGCUCCUGGACAUGAAGGUGUUUGUGGACACGGACUCUGACAUCCGGCUGGUGCGGCGGCUGCAGCGUGACAUCAUGGAGCGUGGGCGCGACAUCGUGGGUGUCAUCAAACAGUACCACAAGUUUGUGAAGCCAGCCUUUGAGCAGUACAUCGAGCCCACCGUGCAGGUGGCUGACAUUGUGGUGCCCCGUGGUGGGGAAAACUUUGUGGCCCUGGAUCUCAUCGUGCAGCACGUGCACAGCCAGCUGGAGAAGGUGAGGAGUGGGAUGAUCCAGGGCUGGGCCAUGGCUGCCCUGGCCUCUGCCCACCAGGGGCAGCCACUGCCAAAGACGCUGAGUGUCCUGGAGAACACACCACAGGUGCGAGGCAUGCACACCAUCAUCCGGAACAAGGACACGACCAGGGACGAGUUCAUCUUCUACUCCAAGCGCCUGAUGAGGCUGCUGAUCGAGCACGCCCUGUCCUUCCUGCCCCUGAAGUCGGUGACAGUGGAGACGCCACAGGGGACGAUGUAUGAGGGGAAGCGGUUCCACAGGCAGAGGAUCACCGGUGUGUCCAUCCUGCGUGCUGGUGAGACCAUGGAGCAGGCCCUCACAGCCGUGUGCAAGGACAUCCGCCUGGGCAAGAUCUUGAUCCAGACCAACCAUGACACUGGGGAGCCCGAGCUCCACUACCUGCGCCUUCCCAAGGAGAUCAGUGAGGACUAUGUCAUCCUCAUGGACAGCACCGUCUCCACCGGCGCCGCGGCCAUGAUGGCCGUGCGUGUCCUGCUGGACCACGAUGUGCAGGAGGACAGGAUCUUCCUUCUGUCCCUGCUGAUGGCUGAGAUGGGCGUGCACUCCGUCGCCUACGCCUUUCCCCGUGUCCGCAUCAUCACCACCGCUGUGGACAAGCGGAUCAACGAGGAAUUCCACAUCAUCCCAGGCAUUGGUAACUUUGGGGACCGAUACUUUGGCACCGAUGCUCCCUCUGCCUGGAGUGAGAAUGACAGCACAGACUGCUGAACUGGCUGGCCGUGGGGCCACCAGCCGGGCUGGCCACCGGGCCACCCUCACAGCCAGGAGGAGCUCAGAACUGCCAGCCUGUGCUCCCUGACCCACAGCGCGGCCCCCAGCCCCCAGCUCUCUUAGACAUGGACAAGCCCCUUGCUGCCCCCUGCUCCCUUCCCCGGUGGAAUGCCAGGAUACUGGAAUGGGGCUCCAGUAGCCUGGAAGGGAGCAGGGAUCUCACUGUGUGUGAGGAGGAGGAGGACGGGGUCCGGUCCCUGCAGCUCCUCCAGGCAUGUCUGGGCGCUGGGCUGGCUUCCUCACUGGAACCUUGCUGGAAUCCGUAUUUAUUUGUAUUUAUUGGGAGUAGCUGUCCUGGCUCUCCUGCAAGACUGGAAAAACCAUCAGGGAUUGGGGCUCUCCUCAAGGAAUCACCUUGGCCCCAUGAUUUUCACUCCAUUAUCUCUGUCUCUGGCCUCGCUCUGGGCUGUCCAUCCACACUCCAGGCUGUCCGACUGCACUCCAGGCUCUCUGACUGCACUCCAGGCUGUCCAGCCCCACUCCAGGCUCUCCGGCCAUAUUCCAGGCUGUCCAGCUGCACUUUGGACUAUCUGGCCGCAUUCCAGGCUGUCCAGCUGCAUUCCAGGCUGUCUGGCUGCACUCCGGGCUGGCCGGUGGCACUCUGGGCUGUCCAGCCAUGCUCCAGGCUGUCUGGCGGUGCCGGUAACUGCUGGGAGGGUUUGAUAUCCCAGCGCUCUCCCGGUGGUGCCCAGCCCCAUGGUGCCAUCCCAGGGACCAGAGCUGCUCCUGGGAUCUGGGGCGCUGUCCCCCGUGUUGCUCAGGUGCUUGGAGAGGGCGGCGCGGGAGCAGGAUCGGCUCCGGAGCGGGGCCGGCGCCCCGUGUCCUGGUGCCCCAGCGCUGCCCCCUCCCCGCUGCCCCGGCUGCCUUUGUUUUGUACCCCAAUA